AUGAGACCGUUAUUGAGGCCGUUUGCUAAUGCCUCGUCCAUACUGGCCAGACAACGCGCCAUAUUCUUACAAUCAAGACUCGCUUCUGGUGGUUCUGUUCAACAACAUGGUCAUGGACAUGGAGCUGCUGUCGACGACCAUCACCACGAUGACCACCAUCAUGCCGUAGCUGGUGAAGAACCAAGUGGCUACUUGUUCGGUGAAACGCCUGCUCAGGCCAAGAAAUGGUACUGGUGGGAGCCGAUGUGGUACUUCGGAUACCUGCUACCCAUGGGUGUCUGUGAUGCGGCCAAGAUUGAAGCUCAUAGACGAUUAGCUGCUCGUGGUGAAACAUUUGGAUGGCCAUUACCACCUAGCUACUCUGAUAAAUCAACCUAA